AUGGGGCUUCCACCGACCGCGAUGGACCGCUGGAGCACUCCAACUGCGCCGAACGAAGCCAAGUACGACGGUGCCUCGCCGCGGUUCGCCCGUAAUUUUGUCAUGCCAAGCGUGCGGGAGGCCACCGUCACAAUGCGUCGCAUGCAGCGCGACGUUGAGGGCCUUAACGCCGUGGCGGAUGAGCAGAGGCGUGAGCGGCUGCAACGAUCUCGUCGCAACGCGGAUCGCAAGGCUGCCGGCACGAGGGAUGCUACAGUUUUGGCUGAGUACCACCGCAUGGUGGAGGACUGGACCACCGCCUACAAGGAGGGCGUCCGUGACCCGCUGUACACCAGCCGAAUUCCGCCCCCGUUGCUCGCCGAGGCCGGCACGGACUACCUUGCUGAGGAGUAUCAACUGGUCCGCCGCCAGCAGCCGUCAGAGUCCAACGGCGCGCAUAACGUUGAGGAGUGGCGCGGCGACGUUGAGGUAAAAGACCGACGCCUUGGAAAGGGCAAGGACGAGGCACAGAAAAAGGGCGGCAGGUAUGUGAUGGCGUUGGUCGGGCCGAGGAAGCUGGGGCUGCCCUCCAAACCACUAGAGAACCCUCUCUCGCACAUGACGCAGGAGGAGUACCAGCGGUGGUUCGCAGAGCGAGACGCCGUGUUUGGGGCCUCGCGGUGUCCGUCGUGA